CAUACAACAUGGCGGACUCGGAACUAAACAGUCGAUCGCUGCAGGACGUCGGUUUAGCGACUUCAUCGGGGAAAACAACAGGCGAUGGUUGUGGAUUUGACGGGAGCGACGAGCCAGUGUUUGUCAAGACAGAAAUCAUAUCAGGGGAGGAGAGUAAUGACGCAGUUUCGACAGACCUUAAUUAUUAUCCCGCUAAGAGGCCACGGACCUACUACACGGAUAAUUCUUCGAACGCCACUAUGACGCAUGCGCAACCGGAAACUCAACAUCCGAUGGUUUCCUCCUAUGACGAUUCGUUUGACCGCCCUCUUGUGAUCGUUGGCGACAGUAAGUGGACGGCACCCGCGACAGGUCUUUUGUUAGACCUGUAUAUGCAAAAUGAGGAUAAGUUCAACAGUCCUCACAUUAAGAAAAAACUCUUGUGGCGAAAAAUAUCCGAAAGAUUGAAUGAAGCUGGGCACAUGUUCGACUCUGACAAAUGUGAACGGAAAUUCUUAAAUUUAAAGACAACUUAUAGAUACACAGUGGACCAUAAUUUACAAACAGGCAAUCAAAAACGGUGUGCAUUCUAUGAUCAGCUUGACAGUAUUUUCAAAUUUCAAGCAUCGGCAGAGGCAACUGCCUUUUACAAAGAAAAUCCGAGUAACAAAGAGGAUGUAAUCGACACAUCCUCUUCUCAUCAUAAUAGACCUAUACCUCCUCCCGAUAGAGGGAGCGUCAUGCACGCGCCUCAUCCAGCAUUUCCGGUCAUGAAGAACGAUGCAUCAACGAUUCAUUCAAAUGCGCAAUACAUGAACAGACUUACAAAUGCCGUGUCUGGGUCUAAGGCAAGCCAUGUUUCCAUGGCAAACAGACACGACCCGGUACCAGUUCCGCACCAGAGUAGUCCCGUACUUAGUGUAUCAACACCAACAGAAAACUUCAGUCGUCAGCAUUUCCCACGGUUUCCUCCAGCGCCAUCUCAUCGUAAUGUCAACGGUCCUAACGUAAACCCACAGCAUUCGAGUAACAACAGUCAUGACAACAAUCCUACACGACGGCCACCAACAUACGUCAUCGAUGACAAUGACAGGGAAUCCCCUGAACUGCCGAGCUCCUCGGGGCGUAUGGAUGAAUCAGAGACGGCCCGAUUUCAAAGAGGACGGAAACGAAGACAGACGGAGUUGGAUUAUCUAUUGGCCACGUUUGAGCGUUACUGUGACGAACAGCGGGACAGGGAGGAAAAACGCUUGAAGUGUAUGAAGGAAUGGCAUGACGAAGAAAUGAAAGUGAUGAACAGGUUUCUUGAUAUAAUUCAGCAAAGUAUUCAGUCUGGGAAAUCCUCAAUUUGAACGUGAAUGAAUGUUUAUCUCCUUUUAAAACUCUAGACAAAUUGACAGUGUGUCCAGUAUUUUGAGAUAUUGACAGUGUAAAUGCAUAAGUAUAUUAUAACGCCGAUCACUGGUAAAAAAUGAGUUACGGGUCUUUGCAUUAAUAUCUGGCCGGAAGAUGUCGCAGCAUUUACGUUUCCUGUACAUGUACAUGUACCAUAAUGUUAUGUAAGUCCCUUAAUCCACUGUGUGCACACAUAUGAAUAUAUAUAAAUGUUCAUUAUCAUAAAACUUUUAUUUGAUUUAUACAGGACCUUAACUCAUUCA